AUGGACCUCGAUAGACCGCCCCCCUCGCCCGAGCUACUGGUCCGACGAGCCGUGUCCGAGUCACGGAGGCAGUAUGUGCUCGGCACGACCUUGUUGCUCGGUGUGGUCCUGCUGUGGGUCUCGGUACGUGCCUUUGUACGCCUUGCCUUGCGAUCGCAGCGAGAACCGAAACGAGCCACGCGGAUCCUCAUUCGUAUCACCGCCCGAGUCGAAUAUUGUCGCUGACUCAUCCCGGAAUUCACAGUCUUCCUUUCUCAUGAAUGUCAGUCCCACCGCGAUCCCACUUGGCCCAGUGGCCCCCAGGUCACGCGAGCUCGACGACUCAAACUCGCUCUGGCUGGCUUGCUUGCUUCCACAGUCCAUGUUCACCUCGAUGAACUACAACAAGCCAUUCCUCGUCACAUAUCUGUGCACCGCCACUUUCACCUUCUACCUCAUCCGGCCAACAUGGACCUAUCUCCAGCUACAACACGAGAGGAAACGGAUCGCACGGAGCGGGUCAACCACGGUCGAGACUACGAGUCGACCCCGAGGGCAUGCCGCCACCAAAAGUGCUGAACGGUUGGCAAGGUGAGAUAUGCACCGGAUGGAGAUGGUGUCUGCGAUGUCGGGAUAGCUUACUGACCACGCGUGCGCUCCGUCGACCGGCCUCUCCUACAGCGUGCUCGAUCCGGUGGGGUCCAUCACCGAUUCAGAUGGGAACGUCUACAUGCGGCCGGAUGUGAGUGUCAAGUAGGCUUGCACUCUCCUGUUGAGGCCAUCGAAUUGAGUUCGUUCAUUCGUCUCUACUUCAGUUCGCCUUCCGAGCCCGAUCCCAAUCCCGGUCCAUCUCUCGACCUCGAUCUCUGCUCGCUUCGAAUGCGAACGGCUCGGCUGUUCACACCGCCGGUCGACCGCUUUCCAUCAUGUCGAAUGAUCCUCCCUUGACAAUAAGAGAGACGGCCUCGUUGGCCUUGCUCUUCUGCGGUCUCUGGUUCUCGGCGAACUGGUCGAUGAAUGCGAGUCUGGGCUAUACGAGCGUGUCGAGCACGACUAUUCUGUCGAGCAUGAGUGGUCAGUUGCGGACAGUGAUCACGUGUUGGUUCGGAUCCAGUUAUUGACGCUGGCUGUGCGAACUAUGCAGGAUUCUUCACACUGGCCGUCGGGUCAUGCGUUGGAGUGGAGGCUUUCACGUCGGGCAAGCUCGGCUCGGUCGUGUUAUCGUGAGUUGCUGCUCUAUCCGCCUGCUCACCCAACAGCACAUUGACGGGAUCGAUGCCCUCACAGGAUCCUCGGCGUCAUCAUCAUCUCCAAGUUCGACGCUACCCUACCGCCGACCACAGCCCCUUUCCCGCUCCUCGGCGACUCGCUCGCUCUCCUCUCCGCCCUGGCCUAUGCCUUCUACGUCAUCCUACUCAAAGUGCGCAUCCGCACCGAAGCGCGAGCCUCAAUGACGCUCUUCUUCGGCUUCGUCGGCCUGUUCAACAUCCUCCUCAUUUGGCCCAUCGGCGUCAUCCUUCACCUGACGCGUAUCGAGCGCUUCGAAUUGCCGCACGGAGGUAUGCUCUGGUUAUCGAUCGCGAUCAACGCCAUGAUCACCUUCGUAAGCGACGCCUUAUACCUUAAAGCCAUGUUGAUGACUUCGCCUUUGGCGGUCACGCUCGGCAUCUCGUUAACGAUCCCUUUGGCGAUCGUCGGUGAUUGGUGGAGAGGUUCGGUCGUGGGUUGGAAGACCGUGCUGGGAGGGACGUUGGUCUUGGGUAGCUUCCUCGCGAAUGGUCUGAUGGAUUUGAGGAGUGCCAAGGAGGUCUUGGAAGAGGUCAAUGCGGAUUCGGGCUUGUCGUCGGAUGCUGGAUCGGAGCGGGAGAGAUUGUUAUCGGAACGGCGGAUAUAG